AUGGCGUCUUCUAUCCAAGCCUUUGCGCCUUUACUUAUCAAUGCUAAGGGAAAAGCUGUAUACAUCAUCUCGUUCGCGGGCUACAUCAAUAUCCCGUUCAUAGGGACAUCUGCGGCAUCCAAGAGAUCACUGAAGCUUGCAGCCGAAACUAUGCAACUUAAGUGGUCUCGUUUGUAA